UUUGGACCGGCAUUACUCGCACAGACACAGCAUACACCGCCAUUUCCUUCGCAUCUCAGUAUUUCUGUGGGCAGCCGGCUGGUUUACGACCUCUCUCAUCGGGGAACAAAGGGAAAUACAGAAAAAUGAAGCUCGAACAGUUAAGUAUCUUAUAUUUGACUGGCGACAUUUCUUUUCCUGUAGCUGAAGAAACAGGAUGGUUAGAGCAUAUUCUCAAGAACACACUUACAAGCACCCGUGGGAACGUGUUACUUCUGCAUCUUGGCGCAAAUUUGCCGACCCUGAGAACAAACGCACUCUUUCUCACAUCCUUGAGGUUGAUACUUUGAGCCACAGGCUUGAACCUAGCUCUGGGAAGCUGUACACUACUCGGGCUAUAACAAUUCACGCUCCCGGGCCGUGGUUUCUUCGUAAAAUCAUUGGUCAGGACAUCUGCCACUGCGUGGAAUCGACUGUUGUCGAUGCAAAGUCUCGCUCGAUGCAGCUUGCCACCCGUAAUAUCAGUCUCCAGAAGUUCGUUGAAGUGGAAGAGAAGAUUAGGUAUGAGCCCCACCCGGAGAAUCCUAAUGGAUGGACAAUAUGCAGGCAGGAAACUAGUAUACGGAUAAAGCCCUUGUCAGCAUUGGCAUCGAUGGCUGAGAAAAUAGAGCAGAGAUGCGUGGAGAAGUUUCAGCAUAAUAGUGCCAAAGGAAGAGAGGUUAUGGAGAGGAUCUGCAAGUAUCUUGAAGCUGAAUCCAGGGGAUUUUCUGUUUAAUUCUGAUCUCUGUCAACAUAGCCUUUCUUGAUCUAGUUCUCACUUCUUGGUAGAACAUUAUACAACAGUUUUGACAGAAAAAUGAACAGAAUGGAUGCCAGAGGUUGAUGUUGUAUUGCCUCAUUCUAGACUUGGUAUCAUGUUGUGAUAAUACGGUGUCCCGACUAACAUUGACGAUGACAAACAUGUAUUGCAAGGUGGAAUAAACCUGCGACAUGUAAUGUUGCAGGCAUCUUGAAUGCUCUCUUGGUAUUAGUAACAUGUUUAAUCCAUUUCGUCUCA